UUAGCAGUGCCAUAUAAUCAAUAUGUACAAGCGGUUACCACAAGCCACACCGAACACAAAACAAGCUCUUGAAUUCUAUUUGUUCUAAGUUCUACUUGUCUCACUUCUUCCAUCUCUUCCGGAAACUACCAUCCUUUCUGUGUUCAAACGGCGUCGCAUCUUCUGGAUAUGGCUGGGAAGCUAAUGCACGCACUCCAAUACGAUAGUUAUGGUGGUGGAGCUGCUGGUUUAAAGCAUGUUGAAGUUCCAGUGCCCGCCCCAAAGAAAGAUGAAAUUUUGCUGAGGUUGGAAGCAACUAGUCUAAAUCCAAUUGAUUGGAAAAUUCAGAAGGGCAUGUUGCGGCCUUUUCUUCCUCGUAGAUUCCCUCAUAUUCCUGGUACUGAUGUGGCAGGAGAGGUUGUAGAGGUCGGAUCAGGAGUAACCAAUUUCAAAACUGGCGAUAAAGUUGUUGCCAUGCUUAGUCAUGCUAAUGGGGGUGGCUUAGCUGAGUUUGCAGUGGCCGGGAAGAACUUGACAGUAGCAAGGCCACCUGAAGUCUCAGCAGCUGAAGGUGCUGGGUUGCCAGUCGCUGGUAUCACGGCUCACCAGGCUCUCACUCAAGCUGCUGGGAUCAAGCUUGAUGGAAGCGGUGACCAGAAAAACAUUCUUAUCACCGCUGCCUCUGGUGGUGUGGGUCACUAUGCAGUUCAACUAGCAAAGCUUGGUAACACACAUGUGACAGCCACUUGUGGAGCUCGGAACAUUCAAUUAGUAAAGAGCUUAGGGGCUGAUGAGGUUCUUGAUUACAAGACCCCAGAGGGAGCAGCUCUAAAGUCUCCAUCUGGUCGAAAGUAUGAUGCAGUGAUCCAUUGUGCUAGUGCUAUUCCUUGGAGUACUUUUGAGCCUAAUUUGAGCGAAACUGGAAAGGUUAUAGAUAUUACUCCUGGUGUCGCUGCCUUGACGACUUUCGCUCUAAAGAAACUUACUUUCUCCAAGAAGCAACUGGUGCCACUACUUUUGGUUCCCAAGGCUGAUAAGCUGGAUUAUCUUGUUAAAUUGGUGAAGGAAGGGAAGCUGAAGACCAUUAUCGACUCGAAGCACCUUUUGAGCAAGGCUGAAGAUGCUUGGGCUAAGAGCAUUGAUGGCCAUGCUACUGGAAAGAUCAUUGUGGAGCCUUAGAUAAAAGUAUAGUCCUUCAAUUGCUAAACUAUCGAUUACCAUAGAUUCAAAGAUGUGUGGAUUGUAUUUGAUGAUGAUGAGAUAUGGAUUGUAUAGUAUUUAAAGAGGACAAUGGUGUGUGUAUCUUGCUUUGUACUUUUCUCUUUAGUGCUUUUAUAUAAAUGAUGAAGAUUAGAAUUUCAUUA